AUGGCCUCCAACAUCUCCAAGGCCGGUAUCACCACAGACGAGAGCACCGGCGAACGAUUCAUUCCCUCAUCCAUUCGUGCGGACGGCUCUAAGCGCAAGGAGAUCCGUGUACGCCCUGGCUACAAACCCCCGGAGGAUGUGGAGCUGUAUAAGAACCGCGCCGCGGCUGCAUGGAAAAACCGUGCUGCACGAGGUGGGGUGCCGGGUGCGGAAGCCCCGAGUAGCGAAGACGACAAGAAUGCACAGGCACCUAGCACUACGGCAAGCAACAAGAACGCCAAACGCAGAGAAGCCAAGCGCAAGGCUAAGGAGGCCGAGAGCACAGACACAACUAUUGAGAAGAAGGGCUCAGACUCGGACAACUGGCGGGCAGCUCCCAAGCCCGAAGAGAAGCCCGUCGAGAAGCCCGUUGAGGAUCCGGUGGACGUCGAGGCCGAAAAGGAGAAGAAGGCGCGCAAUUUGAAGAAAAAGCUGAGACAAGCGCGUGAUCUUCGUGAGAAGAAGAAUUCCGGCGAGGCUCUGCUGCCCGAGCAGUUGGAGAAAGUUAUUAAGAUUCAAGAGCUUGUGCGACAGCUCGAUGCUAUUGGGUUCGACUCUAAUGGCGACAAGAAGGAGAACAACAAGCCGGAGAACCCUUGA